AUGACUGACCCAACCUCACCGAGCCCUUAUUCAGAGAACAAGAAAUUCGAACCCAAGGUUCCGGUCGAGCUUUUGCCGCCAAAGAACGACGAGAUCUCGUUGGAAGAGCUGAGUACAUGCGAUGGGACAAAUCCGGAUAAGCCUACGUGGGUUGCGAUAAAAGGGAUUAUCUUCGAUGUCUCCAAGAACAAGGCCUAUGGCGAGAAGGGCCAAUAUCACGGUAUGGGCUACCACUUUGUUCCUCACUCUUUUACGUCGCGCUUCCACCGUUUCCAGGCUUACCAGUGCCCGUCCGUGCCAGUCUUUGCCGGAAAGGAUCCUUCUCGUGCCCUGGCCCUCUCGAGCCUGAAACCUGAAGACUGCGUACCAGAAUGGUAUGAUCUGGACGACAAGUACAAGACUGUUCUUGACGAAUGGUACACCUUCUUUAGCAAACGGUAUAACAUUGUGGGCAAGGUCAGUACACCCAAGCUACAGCGGCUGUGA